ACAUUCACGGGUGCUCGCAACAAUUUGACGUUUGCAAAAAGAAGAUAAAAAGAUUUACACGCACGCUUCGGGAAUUAUUUGGAGUUUGGCGUGAAAAGUGAGCCCUAGCCACUUAAAACCGACUCUGGUGAACCUCUCGCUGGAGUUUCAGCUGAUUUGGGAAAAACUUGCAGUCGGUAGACACACGUAGGCACGUAUGAAAUUCCAAUAGGAGAAAGGAGCUGGUGCGUUAACAGCAUAGGCUUCUUCGCAGGACAUGGCGACUCAUCAGGACGACGAGGUCGGGAGCGGCGGACCCGAGCGGGCCCUCUUUCGCGUCCUGCCCCACACGGAAGACGUGGCCAAUAUCUUGGUCCAGCAGCAACAGCAUCAGCAGCAAAACCAAAACUACCUGAUACAUCAGCAGCAACACGGACAGCCACCCGGUCCAAUGAUUUGGACACCGCCGCCCCACCUGGCCACUCCCCAGUUUGCGCCUCAUCUCCAGCAGCAACCGCAUAUGUACAACGAGUAUCUGUACAACCUCACCUAUUCAGGGCAGUCCGGACAGACGGAGACUUACUCGGUGCUGCCCGUUGGUCACGGAAACUUCCUUAAAGUGUACCACUGCCCGGAGAAUUCGGUCAACGAGGCUAGUGCUCCACUCUUUACGCAUAUCAACAUGGCCUCGCUGAAUAACCAUCAACUGCAGCACCCCCACCAGGCCGCUCCUGCUACGCCUACGCCUUCUUCGCAGCAGCCCACUCCACUUUACGAACUAUUUGCCACGAAUCCUUUGACUUUGCCGCAAGCCCAGCAACAAGAAGCCCACCAGCGCCAGCCUCAGCAGACUAUAAAUCAGGCUACAACUAACCCCCAAGUCAUUCAUUCAACAAGCAGUGCCAACCUGCUAAUCAACAACUUGGUGAACAAUUGGUCGCCGAACCUGACUGGAGGAAGCUACAUACAAUUCAGUGACGAUUCCAACGAGAAUGAUAUUCAACAAGCUGACCCUCCAUCAGUUCAGAAGCAGGUGCCCAACCAAAUGCAGCAGCCGCCGGAGCCACUGUCCCAAUCCGUCAGCCCAUCGCCCGCGCCCUCCAAACCUGCCAGGACUCUGAAAGUGCAUUUGGCGACUGCCAGUGUCUCAGCAAAUGCCAUUAACAAGUCGGGGGUCGGGCCAGGCCAUCCCGAGGGUAAAAAGCGUAUCGUGGCCGAGGUGAAACCCAUGCCCAUGUCGUACUCCGAUGUACUCAGCCAGGGUACGAAGUCAACCACAGUAGCGGGAGAGAUGCGCGCAGGCAAUGGACUUGACAAAGGUUCUACUCAGCAGCAGCGGAGACAGGGAAAGGAGGAUGGAAAUGGAACGCGCGAGAUACGUACGGCAAAGCGCUCGCCGUUGCACGAUGCCAAGGAGAUGGGUUCAGUGGUGGCAAGUGGUCAUGCGCACGCCAGUCGAGGGAAGAAGCGAGGUCAAACCAACCAAGCUGCUACAACCAAGGUGCAACAGCCCAUUCAACAGCCCUCUGCACAGGCACAGAUUAAACAAAGCAAGCUGAUUAAUCAGGAAAAGAAGCGGCUUCUGCUGCCCAAAAACUGUAGCAGCCACAUCCUCAAGACAUCGGAGCAAAAGACAACUUCUGCAACAAUCCUUACCAACAGCACCUUGCACAGUAAUGGCAGCAAUUUGACUCAAGUCCCCAGUUUCAGCAUCUCAUCCCGUAAAUCUGGCAAUAACAAGAUAAACUCCAAUGCAACUCACUCGAAUUACACUGGGUCAAGCUCCAAUUUUGGUAGUGGCAAUAACAAUAGCAGCAUCAAUUACUCUAACAAUAAUAAUGUUAGUUCCUCCUCGUCAAAGCGGUAUUCCUCGAAUUUUAACUCGAAUAACAGUUCUGGCUACUCUUACUCUUCGAAGCGCAAUCGAAGCAGUGCCUACUCAUCAUCAAACUCACCCACCCAUCCUAAAAGCUUCUCCAGUAAUCGUAAUUACGAGUUGGCUAAACGUAUUCUGCACACUUGGUGGAUCUACACCCUGAAACUAUUAACCUGGCUGUUCUACUUGGUCUAUGACAUUGUUGUGCUAGGUUUCAGCAUGGGCUACGAGCGCAUGAAACUGGCCUACGUGUCGGGAUUAGCCUAUGCGUGGCAGUUACACAAGGAACUAAAACAGAAUUCUGGAAAACCGAGUAUCUGGUGGCGAAGUUACUGGCGUCGAUUCGACGCACAUUUUGCCAAGCACUCUUACUGGGCCGUGUGGCGACAUUUCUAUAAACGUAAACCCCCUGAGCCCACAUCAGAUCAGGUCAAAACUGGACGCUUGCCACAAACCGGCGAGGAGGCAAUGUACUCUCUGCUCAAUUGCAAGGGAAAAGAUGCAUACAGCAUACUUGGAGUUCCACCAGAUAGCUCACAGGAGCAGAUCCGGAAGCAUUACAAAAAAAUUGCUGUGCUUGUACAUCCCGACAAAAACAAACAGGCUGGUGCUGAGGAGGCUUUUAAGGUGCUACAGCGGGCUUUUGAGUUAAUUGGAGAACCGGAAAAUCGACUUAUAUAUGACCAAAGCAUUGCAGAGACUCUGCACACUGAAAAGGCGUGGACGGAGUUGCAUGAUCUGCUUUCCCAAUUGCAAACUAAAAUGGCUGAGGCAGCAAAUACUAUAAGGUGUAGCACCUGUGCACAGCGUCAUCCUCGCAAGCUAACCGAGCGUCCUCAUUAUGCAGCUCGCGAAUGUGCGUCAUGUAAAAUUCGACACUCUGCCAAAGAUGGCGACAUUUGGGCUGAAACCAGCAUGAUGGGCUUACGAUGGAAAUAUUUGGCGCUAAUGGACGGAAAGGUCUACGACAUUACCGAGUGGGCCAACUGCCAAAAAGGAGCCCUAUCACAUUUGGAACCCAACUCUCAUAUGGUGCAGUAUCGCAUAGUACGCGGUGCUCAGCAACAACAACAACAGCAGCAGCAGCAGCAGCAGCAGCACCACCACCACCACCACCAGCAACAACAACAACAACAUCACGAUCGGGGUGUUCAUCAUCCCAGUGGGGGAGUCAGUGGGGUUAGUGAGGCUACAUUGCACGAGUUCUUAGAUAAUUUGUAUAGCGGCCAGCAUCCGGGGGCCCCCAAUACCUUCGCGGGAAAUACGCGUCGGCGAACGCGACGUAACUAAGCAUCUUUAGCAUAGUCUUAAGUGUUUUAAAAUCUCUAAUCUACAGUUAUAGUUCAACAAAUGCAUGGCCAUGGCUGAUUGGUCUUUACUGCACGUCAGCACCAGCUGGCCUCUUAUCCCUCCUAUUCUAACCGCAUUGACUUACAACACGACUAUCGUUCAGAUGUUAAGUUGUCAAGUAUAUAAGCCAUUAUAACUUCCGAGCAUUGCUUUAAAGAUCUUACAAUUCUUUUAAAUGACACAUUGAAUUGUAUAAGCAACUAUAGGUUUUAUACUUUUGUUACACCAACCACACACACACACACGCACACACACACACACCAAACCCUCAAACACCCCCCUCGCCCCCUCCCUCUCUCCACCCCCUCCAACGUUCUUUAUUAUCUGCUUAUCACGCCCAGCUCUUAGCAAUACAUUAGUUCUAAGCUUUAAGUUUAUUGUACCCGUCAAUUUGUAUGCGACGGCACACAUGUAAAAUUUAACACAUUCAACUUAAACAAACAUUAAUGUUAAUAAAAAAAUAUUUAACGCUUA